CACCAAACCGUCAACAUUUGAAUCACGGUAAACACUUACAAAAAUAUGCCACUGAGCGCCUUUAGCCUCAACCACCAUUAAAUCAGUGUACUCGUAUGUAGUAAGAAAGUGUGCCCCGAACACAAUGGUUACCACAAGUACAACGAACAAUAACUUACACAUAAAUAACAAUGAAGAAUAUGACAUCGACCAGGAUGAUGGUAUGCAGGAUCUUGGUCUGCCGGUAUCGGUGCAGACCUUUCUGUGGCGUCAGAUUGCGCCUUUUAUAAGGCCGAAAUUGGGCAAACUCCAUGAAGCUAGUUGUAUGUUUUGUCAAAAUGCACCAGGACAUCAUGAAUCGAAAGAAGCUUGCAAGUCCUUCGAAAAAGUACUCGUCCAAAACAUUCAAUUCGGCUUGUCGCCACCGCUCACCAAAGCAUUGGGAGCCAUACCACGCUGGCGUCUGUUGCAAGCAGCGCUGCCACACGUAAUGCACUGCGUUGCCGCUUUGUUGCACAAUCGCGUCAAGGAUAUGCAAGCGAUCGGGCCAGUCGAAACGAAAUUACUCUAUACUAUGCAAUGGAUAUUGCUCUAUGCCGCCGAGGAAUGUGCUGAUGACGAGGGAGGCAAUGAAAUUUUGGGUGAUGAUUCACCCAAGCAGAAAUCGAUAGAGCAAUAUUUGUUUUCCGUGCCCACAAUAACGCUCUUCGUUUAUUUGUUCGCACCCAUUAUACAUCACUUAAAAGAGUCAGAUUUCCAAAAUUUCCGCUUAGAAAAUGGCAUAAAAUUGUGGCAAGGUAUGUGGGAUAAUCGGGCACCGGGCGCGCCUUGCUUUACCGCGCCUGUAAAGCCAAAAGCGCGUAAUCUACUUUGUGCGCCCACACCGAAAGGAUCCACAGAUGUAUUUCCCGGACGGAAGCAAUCGUCCAACGUAGAUGUGGCAACCUCGCCGAAAGCAGAUUCUCCACAGAGUCAGCUAUCGGAGCAUACAAGGCAAGAUGAAGAUAAUUCGUGGGUGUCCUCGCCUAAAGAAUUCGCCUUUCCCGAAACCAUACCCGAGGAGGCCUCAAGUGUGGAAGAUGAACGUGUAGUAAUUUUUCGGCUACCCUCCGCACCACAUCUAAUGGACAACUCGUUUUUUACGGCCGACGCCAGUUUGCUACAACAACAGCAAUCGCAAAGUCGCCGCGGUAGUCGCCAAUCUGUACACUCACGCGACAAGGAUAAUCCAGCAACGAAAUUUGAAUUCGAUCAACAAGAAUUGAUGCGCGGUGCAUCGUUAAAAGAGAAACGCAGCGCCUCCGUCGAGAAGGAGACGGAAUCGGAUAAAUCAGACAGUGUGCGGGUGGAUGUAUCGGCGGCCACAUUCCUCGACGUGGCCGUACUGCGUUGUCUAUUCAUUUCGCAUUGGCAGGAGGAGGGUAUUUUCUGGAGCCUACAGUACUUGUACAAUCGCUUAAGCGAAAUUGGUGAGGAGGCAGCCAUAACCUUGAAUCAGCCACGCAAGCGAUCCAAUUCACUACCCAUACCACAAAUUGAGAUUUCCCUGUACCAAGGACCGGGUAGCAAUAGUCGCGAUAGUCCCAGUAGCUCCGUGGCAAAGGACUAUAUCGAGAUACCAGAACCAUCAAUAACAGCAUGCUUAGUUGAAGAGCCCAGUCCGACACCGGAGCGUCGUGGUAGCGAGAAGAAGAAACGCGUUAAAAUGGCAGAUUUGCGCGCCUUUGUUGAAACGAAAAUGUUCUCGAAAUCCGAGAAGAAUCUUGAAAAAGUAGGCCUAGAUACAAACUCUGUUAAUGGCAAGAGACCACUGCAACAUGCAGAAUAUCAUCGUAGUCUAGACACCGGCGAGAAAAAGCUAUCACGCUCAGCUUCCAUGAUUACCAGAGAGCCGGCCAGCAAUCUCAUCAAAGGAAAAUCAAUGCCGAGUUUGAGCUAUCAAUCGUCUGAAAGACAUGUUCAUAUCUUAUGUGAACGCAGAAAGUCAGAAGGGUCUGCACUUCUAACACGAGUGAAAAAUAAUGCCUCAACUCUACAAAAACUAUUUUACAGGUAUGUAGAGCCCCCGAAAGCGAUACGUCCCUCCCAAUCUACGGGCCCACGUUCGACGUUUUAUCCGCGCAACCCCAUAAUCACCGUAACAGAACAUACGCCUACGCCGUCACCAGAUUAUCUUAAGCGACAGGGCUCCAUUGACUCGCAGUUGGACGCACUUAGUAAUGGAGGUAGUAUUAGCGGUGUGGCAGGUGGCACAAGUGGUAGCGGCGGCGGUGUUGGUGGCUCUGGUGCCACGACAAGUCGCUUCCGCGGCCAAAUGCUGCGCUCGCACACCGACUCACACAUCGAUUACACUGGCGUAGACGAAUCAGAGGCACCCGGUAGCUCCUUUUACAUAACACGCGAUGGCGGCAUUGAUUACGAAAUAGUUUUGUUGGCGGUUUUUAAUAUCUUCAAACGUGAUAUGACCAUUUGUUCGCAACGUGUAUUGGAAGCGGGAUUGAAUAUUUGUGAAUUAUUGCUGGAAAUGGGCGUACUUAAGCUGGGCGAGCAUGCGCACGAAAUAUCGAUGGGUAUUAUAAAGCGUGCGUUGUUGAUACUUGGCUGUCACAAUGGUUGCAAUGAUGGCGUACGCGGCCCACCGGCAGAUUUCCUGCGCAGCCAAUGCCAAAAGAUACUUUCACGGAUACUACGGCAGGCUGGCCAACGCACUAAACGCUACCUACAAGAAAUGGUUAAAACAUCCGACUUGCAUGAAUUAGUGGAUUUCUUCCAUGCUUUUGUGGCAUUUUGUGUGGACCCAAGUUCAUUAUUAUCACCACUGAGUGGCCAAGGCGGCUACUCGACAAAUUUUAGCGGCGGUCUCAGCGGCGGCCCGGAAUCACUGGUGAUUGCUGCCGUUUUCAAGCCGUUAGUUACGCGCUUUGUCGAAGCAAUUAAGGAUCUUAAAUCACCUGAGAAUUCAACACUUUACAGCGAUAUACGUCAAUUAAUAACCUAUGUGAAGGGUGCGCAUGGUGGACCGUUUAGAUUGGUGGCAUUAAGUGGUAUACUGGCGGUGACACCGCGGCCGCAUAAAAAGGGUCCGAUUGCACAAACAACCCGUGUUAUAAAACAUAUUCCACAAGCAGAGGUUGCUCAAAGUAUUCCUAAUGAUGAUAACCGCUCGCAGCGGCGGCUGUUGCUGAAAAAGCGUAGUACCUCAUCAGCUUGUGCUGUGGUAAGCUUUCAAUUGUCACAAGAUCACGUUUCAAUAAUUUUCGCCCAACAGAGCCUGCUAGAGACCGAACCCUGUGAAGAACAUUACAAGAGCAGUCAAUCGCCAUUGAGUAACUUUCGUCGACGCACCACCGGUGUGCGACCAACGCUUACACCGCGCCACAGCGAACGCGCAUUGCUCUCCGAUUCUACAUCAAGCUCGGAACGGAAUUCACUUGGUCGCUUGAGCGGUCUGGUGCGUUGGUUUCGCAGCACUCCGAAAGAAGCUUCAUCCAUUGACUUGGAAAUCGGUUCACUUAAUCCGGAAAUUACAUCAACUUUUAUUCGCCACGCUUCGUUGAAGAUACAAAGGGGCCGUACCAGCGACGGAAUUGGACGCUCAAUACAACGCGCUAAACGGCGUGUUGAACGACGCCUAAAUCGCUUUGGUGGUAUUGUUAAAGGUAAGAAGAAGGCUGGAGGAAUUGAGGAAGCCGCUGACUAUAGUCGACGCAGUUCUUCGGAUAUGUGUGAUGGUCCACGAGAGUCAGAAGUGGUAGUGUUGAAGGAGAGAAAAUUAAUACCGAUAGAACCAGUGCGACUAGGCAUGCUACGUUUGUCGUUUUUGCUCGAAACCUGCGCGCCAGGUUCAUUUCCCGACCCACAGCUGAUUGCAGCUGUACUAGACUUACCUCAAGCACCACUUGUAGCACGCGCCACCUUCUUGCUGGAAUGCGCGCACUUUGUACAUCUCUGCAACAAGGGUCAAUGGCCACCUUGGAUGAAACACAAUCUGAGCGCUUAUCGACCCUCAGGCACCAAUCUCAAUCUGAAUCAGAUUAAACAUCAAACUACCGCGACUAGCACACGCCGUACACAUAUUUUACAACGUGCUGCUGGCAAAAUGUUUCACCAGUGGGCCGAGAUGUUGGGUGCUCGUCUUGAGGAGAUUAUCUUUACCGAACGUUUACAAUUUGAAUCAGUGAAUGCUACACUCGCCGACCCAGAGCGUCAACGUGAACUAUUGCAACAAGACGAAGAAGAGGAUUUUCUGGACGAGGCAUCGGUUAAUCCGCAUGGUAAUGAUUGUCCGCAUGCGCUAAAAUUGAUCGCCUGUGUCUUGCUCUACGAAAUCACAGCAUUCUUGCGUGACACUUAUGUGCUCCUGCCCAAAACUUCAAAAUUGCUACAUCGAGAGAAACACGCACCUUGGGAGAAGGUAUAUCGCGAAGCUAAUCGUCGCUGGUCUAUGGCGCUAAGUUCGAUGGGCCACUCCCAAACAUCGGCCCAAAGUUUGCAGUCCAUUGCUGCCGGCAAUGACACAGUGGGAGGUCAAACUGAGCGAAAGAUUUCUUUUGUAUUACACGAGCCGGAUAAUGAGUCAGAAAAUAGUAGCAAUACCACACUGACGAAAGAAGGUGAAGAAGCUCGUCGUCCAAUAGCUUCCGCCGUGCGGCCGUUCCUUUUGCGUCGUGGUACGGCCACAACAACGGGCGGAUCAUUUAAGCGUCGAUCUUUGAAGCUGCGUCGUAACACUAAAGAUGGGAAAGAUUUGGAGACCGAUUUCAAGCGCGUCGAUUCCAUACAGUCUCGUCGCAAAGUUUCAUCGCUUUCUGAUCGCAGCGACACUUCCGAGCAAGGUAUGGUCAGUGGUGAGGAAUCACCAGGAAUACUAAGUGAUGAUCAACAACCAGAAUCACCAACAGACUCAAAUGAAACCGAUGACACUGCCAAAAAUAUGCCCUGGCUUAAAGCAGUGAUUGAUCUUAUCACCAGCUACAACUACUAUUGUCCACACAAGGGAUACUGUCAUCCGUAUUGCUAUAAAAGACAUAUGCGUUCCUGCACACGUUUGAUUAAGGCAACACGAAAGGUCUAUGGCGAAGAAUUUGGCUUUACCUUCGACAUUGAGCAUCCCACUGUAGAGCCAACCGUAUCCGUAAGCGCCACAUCUAAGUCGCAUCAAACGCGCCCACGUUCAACACGAAAGGUGUCCGAACAAAGUUCUACACACACGUCGCCAUCUAAGCGCAAGGAUAGUAUAUCGCGGCGUGAUCGUAUUAGCGACGACCCCGAUAUAGAGAUUGCUGAGAAGCUAGCUGAUACCUUUCAUAAGGAAAAGGAGAAAAAGGAUCAGGACGAACCGGCCAUACUGAAGUAUCAACGCUUCUAUAUACGUACGCUAUUCCAUUAUCCCUUCGCCACGAUGCUCAAAGGCGCAGUCAUACUGACUGAAGAAAUGGUUAUUGAAGCAAUGCCUGCCGCUUGGGAACUGCUGCUUGAUACGAAUCAAGACACCGCUUCAGCGAGCGCUGCUGUCUUUCUAAUGGGUUCGGUAAAGGCACAAAAUUUCGCCUUUGACAUAAUGCAACGCGCUUUGAAGAGCAAGGAUCCCGAUGUGCGCAUUGGCGCUGUGCAGAGAUAUCUGGUGCUUUGGAAGAGUCGCUUCCAUGUUUGGCCGCGCAUGGAAGAAAACGCUCACGAUCUAACCUUCAAGGUACCACCUGGCGGCAUUGAAUUUACGCUGCCGUCUCCCAAAAUUGGCAUCGAAAGCUUACCGGUCGUCGAUCCGCCUUGGAUGCCUGUGCAACAGACUAAAGAUAUGGAUGUGACGCUCAAUCAAGAUAGGCACCGUUCUCUGGUCACUGCAACGAAGAGUCGCAAAAUGCAACAAACAGAAGCUAUACGAAAUGCUUUACGCCAACAACGCGACAAACAACGCGCCGAGCGACAUAGUUUCCUCAUCACUACCAUACCGAUCAGUCAGCAGGCAUCCCACGAGCCAGGCAUGGAACAUGAAGAUCAUGAGGGUGAAGAGGACUUGGAUGGCACGCGUAUACAUUUGCAUCAUGCGCAUUCGCUAUUUCCAUCGGUGCUUUGUUCGUCGGUUAUGCAAAUUGUGGGUUGCUUGGAUGAUGCGGCCAUCGGCACUGAUGGAAAUGCUGUCUAUGAAAUUGCCUAUCAGGCCAUCUGGGUAUGUCUAGUAGAAGAGUCCGCUCUCUUCCUGCGCUACGUAUUUGAACGCUUAACACGUGAUCGUCAAGAUCAAAUGUUCAAAUUGCUCCGACACCUGAUACGAUUUGUGCCACGUUUGCCGCAACAGGCAGCCUUUGCGCUAUACAACUCCAUCAUUGGUUACAUAAUGUUCUACGUGCGUUCGUCCAAUGAGCACAAACAGGAGCUUGUCGGUUCAGCUCUUUCGGUGCUUUGGAUGGUGGUUCAUAGCGUGCAUGGCAUUAUGUUUAAGGACCUGAAGCAAAUUUUACGCAAGGAACAAUGUGACGCUUCUAUUUUAUUAACAGCAAAUGUGCCGGCGGCAAAGAAAAUUGUCGUUCACGGGCCUACUGAUGACGACUGCAACAUACCCUCGCAAUUUCCAGUGCAAGAGGAUACAUUGUUCUGUCAACUAUUGAAAGAAGCUUUGGACUAUUAUCCGGUGGAUGAAAAGAAUUUAAAUCAUUACAGUCUGGUGGAUUACAAAAGCAGCAAAAUACUCAAUCCUAAUUGGUAUAUACGUGAUUUGUACUUCUUCAAACGUUCCCAAUAUCCGGAGGUUCGUUUGAUACUCAUGAAGCCGGAGGAGUCUUUCUUGGCAUUACAAAAGCAGGAGCUCACAAAGAAAUUCGUCGAAAUCGGAAAGGUGCAUCUGACGUGGGCCAUUUUGAAGAAUGUGGAUAUGGUGGUGCAGCGUGUUGUCUUUCUACAUGAGGAACUAAUGAAACUGCCAUCAUUUCCGCGCAAGGCACUCGAAGUGGAUCUUGAUUUACAUCAAGGUGGUGAAUAUGGCAAGGUGCUACUUGGACUUGAUGUGCUGCACAAAUUCAUGUGGGUGCGCUUGAUUGCGCGCAUGUUCGAAGCGAUGGCUGGCAACUUUGCUUACUCCGCCGACAUACAACUAUUCCUGAAUGUGCUUUCCGGUGCAGCAAUUCUGCAUGCUGAAGACUCGUGCAUUAUGCGUUAUGUCAUGGCGACCUAUAUUAAUGCUGCUUUUAAUUUUAAAAACAUAUUCUCAACAAAUGGUUAUUUCAUGAUUAUGCCAACACUGUUACAAGUAUAUUCGCUACAUCAAACCAAUAAAUUGAUCACUACAACUAUAGAGUAUGCGGUGAAACAGUUCUAUUUGCUCAAUCGGAAACCGUUCAUAUUGCAAAUGUUCGGUUCGGUGUCAGCUAUACUCGAUACGGACGAGGAAGGUACCUACGGCGAGGCACACAAGGUGCAAUCAAGCUGUCUCUUCAACUUACUCUUGAGUUUAGAGGAUCCUUCACCAGAUCCGCUGAACAUUGCCGAACUAGUGAAGGAGCCCAAGCCGCUGAAAGCUAUAGACUUUUGUUAUCACGAUGAAGACGGCGACGUCACCGUACUGGACUGCAUCACAUUAUGCGUCAUGGUGGUGUCCUACUCCGCCGAGAGCACACGCGGCUACCAAAUGCUGAUCAUAUUGGAGGCUAUUCUUCCUUGCUAUUUGCAGCAAAUCCAAUCCCCAAGCUACAUUCCGCUGCAAGGCAAAUCGGAGCGGGACAUCAUUUUGCAACUGGCCGUUGCCAUACGAACUAUGGUACACAAUUGUGAGGGUUUGGCGAAAAGUUAUAAUGGACCAUAUCGCAUUAGUCCGGAACAUAAAGGCUCGUCACAGCGCAAUUGUAGUCGCGGUCCACCCUGCUCGCCCGGCCUUGACUUCGAAGAAGAAUCUCAUUCGAAAUAUGUUAAUGAUCCACGUACGAAAAACAUAAUGGAUUCUGGCGAAGAUUCCGAAAUGAUACGCACCGAAUAUCGGCGACCACGUGAUGUCCUACUUUCGGUAGUCGGUGACUUUCUCAGCAAAUCCAGCACACGCUUAAUGGAAUUGUCCAAGAAGCUGCCGAACGACAACAAAACGACAGAAGUGCUGGAUGCCAAAUGUCAUAUGCGCUUGGCCGACAUAGCGCAUUCGUUGCUUAAAGUGUCCCCAUACGAUCCUGAGUCUAUGGCAUGCCGCGGCUUACAGCGAUAUAUGCAAGCCGUUCUUCCGCGUGCCGAUUGGUCAAAUGAUGCAUUGCGCAACUCUCUAAUCACAAUACUACGACGUGUGGACAAAGUAUUUUUGAAAAUAUCCAAAAAACCUUCGAUACGGCGCAACACCGACUGGGAGGCGGCUGCUGGCUUACUGAAGGGUAUACAUGAGACUGUUGUCCGGCAUCCAUAUGUACUACACUGGCAGCAAAUAAAGACGCUUAUUAGCACAGUGCAAAAUUUGAUUGUGAACGAAGGCACCAGCGCUGGUGAGGGGGUGUCAAGCGCAGGUGCUGCUCUUAUGUCUCAGAAUCCUCCGGCCUUCUUUUGUUCGACGGUGGUACGUUUGGUUGCAUUACAAGUGGUCAGCCCGGUGGAUUGUUUCUCCUUAGUGCAAAUAUGUGGCGGCAGCGAAUUUGCUACGCAAGAGAAGGCCGAAGGUUUUCUAAUGCAUUUGAUUAUGCCACUGUGCUUGAAGGUGUGCUCGGGUCGUGGUGUAUCUGAUAUUGGCGAGCUCAAGAUGACAGAUGUCACGUUCCUGUUGACCGUCGUACUUAAUGCCAUGAGUCCACCGGCGGGUCGCACCGGACAAGCAGUCAUACAGACAAACCGUGUAGGUGGCGAUUUACGCGCUGGUUCGCUGACGUUUACCGGCAGUCGUGACGCCAAACGGCCUGCGCGCAUCUCGGGAUCACUUUAUCAGGCCGCGUUUCUGGCACUGCGCAUUGUUUGUAUUUGUUUUGAGAAUCGCUUAUCAAAUGAGUGGCCGCGAAUAGUGCGCGUAAUGCGAGACCUUGGACGCCGAAAUGAAGCGGCACCGGAUCUAUGGAGCUUCCUUGAGUUUGUAGUCACACACAGAACGCCACUGUACAUCGCAUUGAUGUCUUUUAUUUUACAUAAAAUUUCUCAACCCCCCAUUGGUGAUCAUGAGCGACAUAUGCAAUUCAUAAUACGAGAACGCCUACGCGGUACUCCACCUCAAGGUGGUAUUAAGUCGAAGGGAGCGCUACUGCUGGAAUUGGCUAGAGAACUGAAGGAUUUAAGAGAUGAGCUUGAAGAGAAGCGUUACGAUCGCGAGUGCUCUGAUCAAAAGAAAACCGAUACGCCCGCCGCAACCAGUACAGCUGAAACACAUAAAUCUCAGCAACGUCCAUCACUUAUUUCAAUAUUCACGGGCACCACCACAGGUCAGGCUACACACUCUCAUGUCUCAGCUGUGCCUAUCGAUUCGCGCAGCGGGUCAGGUGGUAUUUGUACACCCAGCGAUACGCUGUCUCAACAAACAUUGCAUCCGCCCAGAGAAUCACUGUCGAGCAGCUCUACGGGCCGUGACCAUCAUACAAGUGAGAGUCAAAGCGGUGAAAACGCUGCUGGCUCAGCGCCAACAUUAGGUGGUACAGCAGCCGCCGCUACUACUGGCUCCAGUCACGGUACGAGUUCGGCAACAAUCGCUUCCGCGCUUCCUCCGGCAGUCAUGUCACAACUCUCUCAUUCUCAAUCAUUGCAACAGGCGCCGUUUAAAGCCCAGCCCCCCAAGUUGCGUUUCGUGUCAUCGGUGGAGUUCCGACAUUCGUCUGGAGAGACGUCCACCACGCCACUUUCACCCGAAAGUCCUGCAGAAGAUAGUUCCGGCGAUCACACACGUUCGCGCUUGCAGCGCACAAAAGCAUCAAGUCGCAAAACGUUCCGGUUGAGGCGUAGCCGUCUCACGCCCAUGGAGCCACCAAGUAUUGUAAGUAUUUUGCUUGCAGUUUUUAUUCAAAAUAUUAACUUUCUUAAAUGUCAGGUAACGCAAAUUUCACAAGAAGAGCAUCCGAAAACGAUAGGCGAGAUCUCGUGGGACUCGGUGUCCCAAACUUCGUCCACAUCCGGUUAUCGCGACAACAACAGUUUGCAGACCGGUUUGCUUUCGCCGGAUGGUUCCCUGGGUGGCAUGACACUGGGGCGUUCGCCGUCACAGCAUUCGUUGCUCAUGGUAUUUGAAGGUCACGAUGAAGAUACGCUUAUUUAACAAUCACAGUCUAGCCCGACGCAGACUGAGGAGUGAUGUGAUAGUCCAAAAUGAGAUACUAGCGAAUAUUGUCUUGUAUGGCAAUAAAAAAAUUGUAACUGUUCUUCGUCGGAGGUGUUUAUUGUCUUCAAAAUACUACUCAUAAUUUUUUAGCAGUACUCGUAAGUACUGUUCAUACUUCAUUUCUAUAGGAUCUAUUGUAUUAGGUUAAAAUUGUAUUACUUAUUGUAACUUUGUAGAACUAUUGCGAUUAAAAUAUGCCAAUAACAUGAAAUUAAAA